AUGACUACCAAACCACAUCGGCAGCGCCCCGCUGCAGAAAAGGCCACGGAGAAAAAACCUAAGCAAAGGAAAACCCAGGUGUCUGCAACUGGCAAGCAUGGCCAUGGCAACCAUACCCCAGACUCCGGGCCUGUACCUAAAAAGCGUCAAGUUGCCAAACCGCAUGCCGAAUCCGAUUCCGACAUCGAUGGCAAUGAAGGCUGCAUCAACACUGUCAAGCACAAGAAAGGUUUGGCAGGAAAAGAAAAGGAACAACGGUCAGGCUCUUCCCAACAGGCGAUCGACAAUGUAUUUUUAAUGGACGAGCCCAUCGAGGAGAUCUCUGAUUUUCAACCUAGUUGCAAUGACUCAGAGGAGGACAGCGAGGAGGAGGAGGAAAUUGAAGACAACUUGGAUGAGCCCAAGUCCUUAUCAGCCGAAAAAACAAAAACUCAGUCUGCACGCGAUCAUAAACGGGCAAAUGAGGCAGAUAUUCAAGUUGUUGGGUCGGACGAGGAACCUGAUGUCAUCAUGCUGUCAGAUGACCACAGUGACGUCGAGGAGGACGGCCCAGAUGCUCAUGCUGAUUACUCUGGAAGGCCCAGACUUGUAUGGACAGAGACCGGUAAGCUAAAGCUAAUGGACCAGGAUAUCAACACCCGUCGUAUGGUCCAAAGAGCGAUAUUGGAGGCAAAAGUGCACAUGACAUUUGUCAACGGCUAUCCGGAGCUUACUGAGAAGAGCCUGUUUACGCGGAACGCACUCUUAACAGCAGCUCGUGCCUGCGGUGUUUCGCCAAUCCAGGAUCGCCUCAAGACUGAUGAUUCAUAUGUGACGGCUCUCGCCACGCUGAUUGAAGCCCGGGUGCCCCUUUUCCGCACUGAAUUAAAAGACAAUGCUUGCGCCCAAGUGACAGCGUAUUAUCAUCUUGGCCCUGAUUGUGUCGACACUGCGAAGGCCCUGCUGGUCAACCACAUCUACCAUUAUGAACAGCAUUUCAAUGAGAAGAACGACCCCAUUCCACAGCCAAAGAAGCCAUACUUCACUGAUAUUCUACCAUAUCUGAUGAAGGGGUGCUACUUCAACGGGCUAAAGUCAGUCAGCAUGAAAUUUUCAGAUCGCUUCAAGGAGAUCGCAAACAACAAGGCCCAGUGGCCCGAGGUUACAAUUCCAAUGGUUGUGUUAACCAGUACUUCAGUGUAUGCCGCACUCUUCUGGAAGGCUAAUGGAUCCCCCUCUAAGUUCAAUUUCACUGGUAAUCUAUUCAGCGAGGUCUACUUUUUUCACGUGAAAUUUCUUGAAGACAUGAAGGUGACGGCGCCACGCAAGUUUCACAAGAUGAUGGCCGACAUUUUCGAGGCUAUCCAGAAACUCUGCACCAAUAGCAGCGCUGCUUUAGUAGGAUCACACGAGUCUGCGAUGGCUUUCCUCGAUAUCGACGGCAUGGAUGAUGAGGAGUAG